AUGAUGGGGUCGUUUCAGAAGAGUAUCAUCCUCGCAGAAUCCGAGCACAAUACGAUUCAAGACCAGGCUCAAUACACCUACCCGUACACCUGUCUCUCCAUUCUGGUUGGGGCCGGGGAGACAUGUGAUGAUCUGGUUUCCAGAUGUAGCAUAUCGGCAGCAUCCUUCACUUCCUUAAACCCGACUACCGUCUGCACCUCGUUGUCUCACGGAAAACCCGUAUGCUGUGGGCCAGGAGAAACACUAUUUCCACCGGAAAGUGGUGCUUAUUGCUAUGUCUAUACUAUCCGGGAUUGCGAUACUUGUGCGAAGAUUGCCAAGGGGUACAAGAUUACGACGGCCGACGUCGAGACUUGGAAUACCAAUACCACCGCAUGGUAUGGAUGCAACAAGCCGCAGCAGGGGGGCCAGGUUUGUCUCAGCAAGGGCGAGCCCCCAACGCCAGUCGCAAUUGGUGGUGCGGUCUGUGGCCCCCAAGUGCCUGGAACGGCACGCCCGGUGUUAUGGACCGAUAUUGCAUCUUUGAAUCCAUGUCCUGCGGGUCAAUGUUGCUCUACAAAGGGUAAAUGUGGCACUGGUGCGGACUUCUGUGAUUCAUCUGCACCCGCAGCUAUCGCGCCACCAGUGUCUGCAACUAAAGUUGCACCCACAAGUAAGACUACGUCCGUGAAAAAUCCAUCCGUAACCGAAGCUACAUCCGAGAUAUCCGAAACAAAAGGUGUGCCAUUGUCAGCUAGAAGCUUUGUGACAAUAACAGCUGAAGCCGUUACGGUGACAGUCAAAGCUGGAUCCUCGACCCCUUCAGAAAAUGCGGACUCACAUGGUUUUACGACAGACAUACCCUUAGUAGAUGUACCCUUGACAUAUCUACACACAGAAGAUAUCAAGUCCGCACCCUCUGCCACUCACACCAACGCGGCUACUGGCGAUGUUGCUGAUUUCUUGAAACCGGCCGAAAUGAUCAGUGCUCUGGCGAGCCAACUUCGGACUAUGUUGGUCUCUACAAUUACCAGUACGACCAAGGCCCCGGCGACAGCAACACAAAAGGAGUCAAGUGAGACCAAACGCUCGCCUACACAAACCAUAAAUGGAGUCGUCACCGUGCCCAGCGGAUGGUCAUUGAUGAUGUUUGAUGGCAUCGGUUGCACUGGCAGCUACGUGCUGCUUCAAGGCCACAACAAGAAAUUGGAGGAUAGUGACUGUAUGAAAUUCCGCGCGGCGAGCAAGCUCGAAACAGUGGUCAACGACACGGCCGUUUCAUGUCGUUGGUGGACUCUGCCAGACACCGGCAAGGAAGAGGCACUCGACCUUGAGGGAAACGACCUGAACUACCCGACAACGGCGAAACAAAGCGCCAUUCUCCAGGCCUCGUCUAGCGUAGCAAUUGUGUUUUCGGGCUUUCUCCAGGGGGCGUAA